GCGCUUUCUCGACUCAGAAUGAGCUCGAGGCCCGUCUCCACCCGCUGCCGUCACGUGACGUCACCCAGGCCCGGGAGAGCGCGGGGUGGAGCGUAGCAGCGUGCGGCGGACACGACGAGAGAAGCAGCGUGGAGCGUGUGCGGAGAGCCGGGAGAACCGCAUCAACAUGCAGCCAGCAUCUGCAAAGUGGUACGAUAGGAGGGAUUAUGUUUUCAUUGAAUUUUGCGUUGAAGACAGCAAAGAGGUGAAAAUAGACUUUGGAAAAAAUAAACUAACUUUCAGUUGUCUGGGAGGACCCGAUAGUCUUAAACACUUAAAUGAAGUUGACCUGUAUAAGUCUAUUGAGCCCAAUGAGUCCAAACAUAAAAGAACAGACAGAUCUGUCCUGUGUUGUUUACGAAAAUCAGAAUCCGGACAGUCAUGGCCAAGGUUGACAAAAGAGAAAGCAAAGCUCAACUGGCUUAGUGUGGAUUUUAACAACUGGAAAGAUUGGGAAGAUGACUCUGAUGAAGACCUGUCCAAUUUUGACCGCUUUUCAGAGAUGAUGAACAACAUGGGAGGAGAUGAGGAUGUAGACUUACCAGAAGUAGAUGGUGCAGAUGAUGAUUCACCAGACAGCGAUGAUGAAAAAAUGCCUGACCUGGAAUAAGAACAUAACAUCCUGGGUUUUUGGGAGCUGGGUGGGAGAAUUAGUGAAAAGAAUAUUUCAACGCUCUGCAACAGUUGCUGAUACCCAAGUUGUAAAUAAAGUUACUGAGUACUUCCAGUCAGCCUUGUUCGUGUAUUAUCACCGAAUGAUGCUAAUCGGGGGUUAGAUAUUUACAAUUGUACAGGACAUCUUUAAACCUUCACUGCUACAGAGCACACUUUAUCUGAGAUAUCGCCUAGUUUAGAGUCAUGCGGUUAUAAUGUAAGGUUUACACUUUACUUAGUAGUGACUUUAGUCAUCUUAAAAAGAAAUGUCUUCUGGACCCAGAACACCAAAAAGUAGCACUAAAACCUACUUCAUUAAUAAGUUGAUUUACUACAGUGCGUAAGUGUACACAACUUUGCAGAUCUGACUUUGCCUCCAUCCUGCCCCUUUUGAGUAAGGGGGAAAGGCGUUUUGUUUUUACAUUGUUUUUUUUUUUUCUGUCGUUCACAUUUCAUUAUAAAGGAUGGAGGAUAAUUUCGAUCAACCAAACUUGUGUAAAAUUUAACUUUUAGUAAAUUAAGAAUGCUGCAGAACCAGAAUCCUCGGAAGCUCAGGAGCACUCUGGUUCUGAUCUCCAGAGAUGUAACAUGCUAUUUGAAAGAAAGUUCUUUUUUUUUUAACAUUCAGAUUAUUGGGAGGAAGCUCCCAUUACAGUAAAAUCACUUAAGUUAUUGAUAAAACUGUCCAUAAGAUAUAAAUCACUUGUCAUCGCUUACUGUAGUGCAAGAUGUGUUUUGUUUAUAUGGCUAGUUUGGUCGCAGUGAUACUCUAUUAGAUAGUGAUGUUUAGUGCUGCCAUCGUUUGUUAGAUGUAUUACAUCCUAUGAUGCUGUUGUCUGCCUCUGCUCGCAGUAAAUGAAGCUGCUUACAUGCAGUAUAAGAUAACUAAAAUUAUGCUGAACCUUUAUAGUGGAUAAGUUCGCAUUUGUGGAUGCUAAAUAGGGAUCAUUAGCACUGUUCUAUCUAAAAUGAGUGACCUGAAGAUGAUAGUUACUAAUGUAAUUUUCUAUGAAGUAAACUGCAAGUUGUGAGCACAUUAUUAUUAGACCUUUAAUCAUUUAGACCAUGGGUCUUCAACCUGCGACCCUCCAGCUGCUGAGGAACUACACAUCCCAGCAUGCCCUGCCAUAGUUAUGCUAUUAAGGCAUGCUAAAACUGAGGCAGAGCCUACUGGGAUGUGUACUUCCGCAGCAGCUGGAGGGCCGCAGGUUGAAGACCCAUGAUUUAGACCAUCCGUUUCCUAACCCUCCCUGAGAGUCCUGUACAAUUGGGCAUGUUUGACCCUUUGCAUUUCUACCUUGGAAGAGUGUAGACAGCUGUACAUUGUUUCUCUCAUCAGUCUGUACAUUUAGACCAAAUUGUAUUUGCACUGUCACAGUAUAUAUUAAAAAGGAAAGGGUAACAAUGUUAAAUACACUAUUCUGUUUGUUUUAUUUCUCUUUUGAUCAGGGAAGAAAAGCCUAAGUUGUAUUGGAAUUGGUGGGGAUUUUUUUUAAUUGUCUACAUUAUUUCUAAUAAACUAUUCAGAGACCGAA